AUACGCCAUCAGUCUAGUGCUGUCCGGUUGGAUCGCUGCCAGAAUGUGUGUUGAUUAAAGCGAAAAUUUCUCCUUUCCACUAACGCCAGCUUCCAAAAAUGAAGUUUGCCGAGCAUCUGUCGGCCCAUAUCACGCCGGAAUGGCGGAAGCAGUAUAUUAUGUACGAGGAAAUGAAAGCCCAAUUGUAUGCGGCGGUAGAACAAUCACCGUCGGCAGAGCUGGUCGAUCCGGAGAUGCUGACGAGAUACUUUGCCAAAUUUGAUGAACAGUUUUUUCAUUUCUGCGACAGUGAGUUGGCAAAAAUCAACACUUUUUAUUCGGAAAAACUCGCCGAAGCGACUAGAAAGUUUGCCAACCUCCGGUCUGAGCUGAGUGAAACGCUCGAGCUCGAGGAAAGCACCAAGAAGAAAAAGGACAAUCUCCACCGGGUCAAGAAAAAUCUGCUGCGAAAAAAGAAUGUGUCCGUUCGCAAGAUUCAAGAGCUAAAACUGGCCUUCAGUGAAUUUUAUCUAAGUCUCAUUUUGCUCCAGAACUACCAGAACCUAAACUUCACCGGCUUUCGAAAGAUACUGAAAAAGCACGAUAAGCUGCUGAAUGUAGAUUUUGGAGCGAGAUGGCGUGCGGAAAAUGUGGAAUCGGCACACUUUUAUGUCAACAAAGAUAUCGACCGAUUGAUUCACGAAACCGAAAGCAUUGUCACCAAUGAAAUCGAAGGAGGUGACCGGCAGCGAGCAAUGAAGCGCCUAAGAGUACCUCCAUUGGGCGAACAGCAGAGUCCUUGGACGACGUUUAAGGUUGGACUGUUUUCCGGUUCAUUGGUGGUACUUUGCGUGGCUGUUGUCCUAUCAGCCAUGUUUCAUGAGAGAGGAAAUGAUUGGAUUGCUGCUUUCCGUUUAUAUCGAGGACCACUGCUGAUAGUGGAAUUUCUAUUCCUGUGGGGAAUCAACGUAUACGGCUGGCGAUCAUCUGGUGUAAACCAUGUGUUGAUAUUCGAGUUGGAUCCUAGAAAUCAUUUUUCAGAGCAACACAUUAUGGAGCUAGCAUCGAUUUUCGGGGUUAUCUGGACGUUAAGCGUACUCGCCUAUCUGUAUUCCGAUUCUCUCGGUAUACCUGCCUACUUAAGCCCUUUAGCUCUCUACCUGCUGAUGGUUGCUUUUCUAUUCAAUCCCACCAAAACUUUCCGUUACGAAGCUCGGUUCUGGACAAUCAAAAUUCUUAGCCGUGUUAUUCUAGCGCCUUUUUUCUUCGUCAACUUCGCUGAUUUCUGGCUUGCUGACCAGCUUAAUAGUAUCGUUCCCGCAUUUUUGGAUACUCAGUACUUUAUAUGCUUUUAUUCAACCAUCACUAACUGGGAUCAUGCGGAAAAUCCAAACCAAUGUAUAAAUAAUUCACUGUGGAUACGACCAAUUGUGGCUAUGCUUCCGGCAUGGUUCCGAAUGGCACAAUGCUUACGUCGAUUUCGGGAUACACGCGAUGCUCAUCCGCAUUUGGCGAAUGCUGUGAAAUACUCUACUUCAUUCUUCGUUGUUGCAUUCUCCUCGUUAACCCAAGCCACCACGGAUCAGUACGAGAAAAGUACCGACAACCCUUGGUUCUAUUUGUGGAUUAUUGCAUCGAUUGUAUCAUCCUGCUACGCGUACACAUGGGAUAUUAAAAUGGACUGGGGCUUGUUUGAUUCGAAGGCUAGUGAUAAUAAAUUCUUAAGGGAUGAAGUGGUGUACGGAUCAACUUGGUUCUAUUACUUUUCUAUCGUAGAAGACCUAAUUCUUCGAUUUGGUUGGACCUUGUCAAUGAGUCUUAUAGAAAUGGGCUACAUUGAUCGUGAGAUAAUUGUGUCUAUUUUAAGCCCAUUGGAAGUGUUUAGGCGAUUCAUCUGGAACUAUUUUCGGUUAGAGAAUGAGCAUUUAAACAACUGCGGUAAUUUUCGUGCUGUAAGGGAUAUUUCUGUCGCUCCAAUGGAUUGUUCAGAUCAGACUACCAUAUUGCGCAUGAUGGAUGAGGAAGAUGGAGUACGGAACCGCCGAACCGUGAAGAAAAUAGGGGGCAAGAAAAAAUCUGAGCAAAGGCUUCUGCUAAGAGAGGCAGAAUCAACAGAAGAUUUGGAAAUGAAUCAGAACCACAGUCAUGCUCUAAACAGGAAAGUCCAGUGGGUCAUAGGUCAAUAGGCGAACCGAGAAUUGAGGCACAGUCCCGUUUCAAGCACUCUACUCGCACGCACGACAAUCCUGAUGAGUUAUAUUGUACGUCUUCAUCGAAACAGAUUUAAAUUACGAAAUUCCCAGCAAAUAAAGGAUACCAAUAGUGUAUUUUUGAAUGGUAUCUUAUCGGAGAACCGAUUCCAAUCCACCUACUCUAUGACAAAUAUAUAAUUUGUUGACUUAUUUCUUGGAAAAAUAUAAAAGUUUCGACUGAAAAA